AACUGCCGUCAACAGGUCAACAUGAGGAAGGAGCUAGUGUACGGUGUCCUGUGCCUGCUGGUGUGGCUGAACAGAAUCAUCGCACGCCCGGCUACGGCCGUUGAUAGUAAUUUGGACAUUUUUGAGCUGGCAAGCGAACCACAGGGACAAGCAUUCUCAUAUCGAACCAAAGAUGGACAGUGGCGGGAUGAGACCGUACGAUGGAACGACGGGAAGCUGGUGAUCACUGGCUGGUAUCGGUACACCGGUCCCGAUGGUGUUCAGUAUCAGGUGAAGUACGUGGCGGACGAAAACGGAUUCCGACCACUGGGAGUACAUCUGCCCGGUGCCAAUCUUUCGGAUCCGGAUGCCUUCAGCGUACUGUCUCCGCUGACCGACACUAUCUCGAGAAAAGUGUUACUAUCGUUAAUAGGAUAAGAAUUGUUGUGAUAGUUAGUAAGAUAAUUUAACAAUGCGAAACGGCUCAUCAUUAGACGUAUUGAGGCUAGAAACGUUACUGUAAAUCCCCUGUUUAAGGUGUUAACUUUAGCUGAUGUAAGAAGAUUCACGAAACCA